GGAGCGUUCAUUCUGCCUCGCUUGUUUUCAGGCUGGUCUGGAAUGUUGACUCACUCCAUCUCUCCGGCACAUCGGGAAGCGGGCACAUGGCACCAGGAAGCUCUCAUCAUCAUUGCAUCAGGGAGACAGGUAUUGACUGAGCACUGAGCAGUCCAGAUAUUGAUUCAAAGCACAGCCUCAGCCUCUCUGGUGUCUGUGUGUGUGUGUCUGUGUGUUUCUCCCACCGGGGCGGCUGGUUACGUCCUUCUGGUUCAUUGCAUUUAAUCGGAUUCCCUGAGCUGCAGAGCAGAGGCAGAGAAUCAGCUCAAAAAUCCAUCUCCCUCCCUCGACAAUGUUCACUUCAAAAUCCAACACGGUGUCUCCUUCGCCAUCGAUGGAACCUGCCGAUUCGGAUGCCUUGGAUAUCAGCACCAAAGUGCAGCUGUAUGGAGUGCUCUGGAAGAGACCCUUUGGGAGACCCUCAGCCAAGUGGUCCAGGAGGUUCUUUAUCAUCAAGGAGAGUUUUCUGCUUUACUAUGCUGAGAAUGAAAAGAAGAACUUUGAAAACAAUCGCUACUUUAAUAUCCACCCUAAAGGUGUCAUACCUCUGGGUGGCUGCAUCGUUGAAGCUAAAGAAGAGCCAAACAUGCCUUAUGCAAUGAAAAUCUCCCAUGAGGACUUCCACGGUACCAUUGUCCUGGCAGCAGAAUCAGAAUACGAACAAGCCCAGUGGCUGGAAAUGCUACAGGAGUCCGGGAAAGUGACCUGGAGAAAUGCUCAGCUGGGAGAAGCCAUGAUUGAGAGCCUCGAAGCCCAGGGACUCCAGCUGGCCAAGGAGAAACAGGAGUAUUUAGAUAAACUGAUGGAAGAGACGGAAGAGCUGUGUCUACAGAGGGAGCAGAGAGAGGCUUUGGAGCACCUCAACCAAGUACUGGAGGCAGAGAAGCAGCAGUUUGAGGAAGUGGUGCAAGAUCUGCGAGUGGAGCAAGAGCAGAUUAAACGGGAGCUGGAGAUGACUGCCCAGUCCCUCAAAGGAGUGGAGGAGGAAAAGAAAGGACUUCGAAACCUGACAGAGACAUUGCAGAAGACCCUGGAAGCGCUCUCCCUGGAAAAGCAACGGACUCUGGAAAUGCUGGAAGAGAACCAGAGCGAGUUGCAGCCCCCAACCAGCCCUAGCUGUGAGCAAUCUGAUGCUGCCGGGGGUCUGCAGAGCAGCUUGCACCAGAUCGAGGAGAAAAUGCACCAGCUGCUGGAGGAGAAACUCCUGGCUGAGAAAAGGAUGAAGGAGAAUGAAGAACGCUCCCGAGCUCUAGAGGAAGAGAGGGAGUUCUACUCUUCCCAGUCACAGGCCUUGCAGAAUUCGCUCUCGGAGCUGACCGCUGAGAAGCAGCAAACCGAGCGAGAUCUCAAGGCAGAGGUGAAGGUUCGCAUGGACCUGGAGAAGCGUUUACAGGAGGCUGAGGAGGCCCUGCAGAGCCUGGAGCAAGGCCUGAACUGCAAGCACCGUAACAAAGAGAAGGAGGAAAAAAUGAAAGCCGACGUCAGCAAUCUGAAAAAAUUCUUUGAAGAGUGCAUCCGAAACGCUGAAUUGGAAGCCAAGAUGCCCGUGAUCAUGAAGAACUCUGUGUACCUCCACAAGGCGGCCACUCGCAGGAUAAAAAGCUGCCGUUUCCAUCGCAGGAGAUCCAGCAACUCCUGGCUUGACUUGCGGCAGUCCCAGUCGUUCAUGUAUUCGGAGGCUGAGAGCAUAGAAGACCUGAAGCAAGCGGCCAAGAGGCUGACUCAGGACCAGCACUUCCGGGAGACCAUCUAUCAGAUCAUGAUAUCGCGCCAGAGCUCCUCCUCAGGCAACAAAAAGUGAACUUUUGCUCCUUCUCUUGGAAGGGAGAGUCCGAACUCAGCUUGCCACCAUUCCACUCGGCCAAAAACCAAAUUGUUGCGAUGAGGAGGCGGAAUUGAGAUGCCCGCUUGCAGUGCGCUCUUUCUGAGGGAAUGAUGGGCGGUGACUAGAACACUCUCCAUUGGUGGAGGUUGUGGUUUGCCACCAUUCCUGAGGGGAGAGGAGCCAUUUUGCCAAGCAUGUUAUGACUUUUCUGCCAGCUGCCCCGUCCCAUCAGCUGAGACUCCCAGUUAGAUGUGCUUUGUCAAUACUCCAUAGUUUGCCUCAAAUCAAAACCACAGCUUACUCUUAAAGAAUGUUUGGCCAAACCUUUCAGACUAGGGGACUAGUUUGACCUGCAAUUACACAAUAGGAGAGUCUUUUUUUCAAUGUGGUGAGAGGAAUGAUAUUCCUAUUCUGCUUCCUUGGGUUUCUGGUUGAAUAUGCAAGUAUGACUAAAACGCUCCUCAGCUUAUGUGCAGGCAGUUCCCCUAAGCAUAGGGUGGCCACUUAGGAGACAGUAUUUAUUCCGCUUUGGCUGCAAAAACUACAUGCUUCUCGUAUACCAUUUUUGUGCUUCCCACUUCCUCAGAGUGGCAGGACGUUUCAAGGGCAGUCUUCCACAGAGUUGGUUCUCAUGCACGGCAAGAGGUCUGAGGACUUAACAGGCUUUUUAUGGGGUUUGUUUACAAAUUCACAAGCAGGCCAGGGUGGCGGCGGCAGAUAGAUAGCGCUACACUUUUGAAGCUCUUUAAAACAAUAGGUUACCUUUGUAGCUUUCCCAAGGCUGCUUCUUGCUAGCCAGCGGCAAAAUUUACGUCGUCUUAUUUAUUGCCCAAAUUCAGGUGGCUCCCUCCCCUCCUGGCUUUCCUCAAUAAGCACACAAUAUUAGCAUCUGAAACACACUCUGCUGUCAGUGAGGCCUGCACAUCCCAGCACCUUGGAGUAGCCACUAGCUAUCAGGCAAGUCAGCCUAGGCAGAUGGUUGUAACGUGACUUUGCCCUUUCAUAAAUCUCUUUUCAUAAUGUUGUGCUGCUAA